AAAAAAAAAGAGAGGAAACGAAAGAGAAAAACUUUGUUUUAUACUCACAUUGUUGUCUAUUUCUUUGUGGUGCAUAAGUAUUUAGAUAAACAAUAGAUCACACGUCAUUUAUCACUUUUUUGCAACAGACGGCCUCCAUACGAUAAAACACGAUGGGUGUCAUUACCGUUAACAAAAAUCAGUUUCUGCGAGACGUUACACAACGCCAUCUUACCAACACUUGUCUAUUCACUGCUAGAGUUAUCUUGACACUGCUUGCACCAUAUCUAGACAUAGUUAAUUUUUAUUCAUUGAUGAUUUACAAGUUGAUAUUUUCAAUAUAUUUGGGAGUAGUAGAAGCGCUCAAAAAUAUGUGCUUUUGAUGAAAG